AUGUCCACAACUGUUUAUGUACUUAAAUCAGGAGAGAGUAUGAAAUACAAGACAGGUUCCACAUUUACCUCAUCUCUACAAGUAAAACCACCUGUGAAUUUAUCCCAGCAGAAGAUUGAAUAUAAGGCAGUUCGUAUUCGUUCGACGAAGCCUAUCUCUGUUACUAUGAGUGAUGAAAAUAUUUUUCAUUCAAGAGACAUCACAACCAUUUUCCCCAUAGAAAAACUUUCAACAGCAGAUCUAAUUUCUUCUGCAGACCCAAAUCUUCUUACCAAUUCUGUGGAUACAGCUAUUUGGGGGAUGGGUAAUUUAAAUUUUCACUUGAGUGCAUUUGUGCUCAGCCAAGUAGUUAUUGUUACCGUCCAUGAUGACACCAGCGUUUGUAUUUCACUACCACCACACCUACGACAAGAUCCCUAUGAUUACACCGGCAAAGUACGAGGGCAAACUACUUUAGACAACGGCACCUUCGAAAUAAAACUAAAUUCCUUGGAACCAUUCCAGAUAUUUCACUUUCUUGAUUUUUCAGGAACUAGGAUCUCUUCUUCUAAACCUAUAGCUGUUUUUUCUGGUGUACUGUGCAGAACAUCAUAUGAUUGUAAUCAUAUCAUAGAACAGCUGCCGCCAGUCGAUCAGUUUGAUGUCACAUUUAUCGUGCCUCCGAACCAUCAUACAUCCACGUCAUUAAUCCGAGUCAUAUCGGAAGAAAAUACAAUACUAAAAGUUUCAUCAGCUACGAAAACAGACAAUGUGUCUAUUUCAGCUGGUGUACCUCAUGAUAUAGAAACUUUUGAUGACGAAGUAUUAGUGAUCCAAAGCACAUUAAAAUGUGAAGGUCAUCAAUGCAAGAGACAAUCUCCUCUCCUGGUGAAUAUCCUGUCCUUUAGAGAAGAAGAAUUGUAUAGCAACCGUCUACACAUGACAUUGGUCCCUGGAAUUCACCAUUAUCAACGUUAUUAUAAGAUCGUGCUACCAAUGGGAUGGAACCAACAUUACAUCACCGUCAUCAUCCGAGAAAAUGCCGCAAGUAGUUUGCAAAUGAAUGGAAGAAAAAUAAGCAACAUGGUGUAUUGGUUAAAGGAGUACAUUUUUGUUGAAGGCGUCAAAUACUCAAUCAUUGUGUUUGAAGUUGGUGAGGGGGUGGUGAUUUUAAAAUCGGAAGAUGCAUUUGGAUUGAUAGCGUAUGGUUAUGAUGGCGAUAAAGAAGCGUAUGCAUUCACAGGAAACGUUCUUUUUCAUUGA